UAUAAUUUGACGGCUGGUUUUGGCGGGUUGGCUAAGUUGGGGAAAUGUUGUGUUUAAUUUGUUUAGAUAUUUAAAUUACAAAACUUAUUAAAUUUAAUAUUAGAUGCAUAAAUGAAACUAAAAAUAAUAUGUCAUAUGAUUUAAGUUUUUUUAAAAGUCAUGAUCAAAAUGAAUCUACUUGGAGAUCAUCAACAUGUGAAAUGGAAACAGACGUGGAACUUGAGUGCAGUAUAGCGAAUGCGAAUAAAAAUUUAUGGUGCAUUAAGGAUUUGUUAUUUUAUCCACUUGGAUUAGUAAGUCAUACUGUGGGAAAUAAAUCUCUAUUUGUUACGUGGAGUGAAGACAAUUUAAUUAAUUUUGUAUUUAAAUUAAAAACAAAUGCGCUGAAAGAACAUCACGUAUAUAUACCAAAGAAAGAAAUUAUAAGUAAUAUAUUUGUAUUAAAACUAAAUACAUUGCUACUGAUGCGUAGCGGAAAAAUUUAUUAUUUUAGUUCAGCUAAAAAGACGCAUAAAAUUUCUUGGCUUAAAAAUGUACGCUGCAUGACCAGAUCAAAGAAUGGGUUUAGCAUAAUCCGUCUAAUGCCCGAUAAUGCAUUAAGUUUAGAGGUGUACGCCGAUAUGCCGAAUAUAGGAAAAUGUACAUCUACUCUUCUACAGCGCUAUGAUAUUUCAUUUGAUGAGCGAAAUUUAUUUAAUUGCCGUUGGCAAGAUGAUCGCUUUUUAAUAUUAUCACAAAUUGUGGAUGAAGAAAAUGUUCAAUUUCUGAACGAUAUUUUAAUGCUAAAUGACAUCACUCUUAAACCUAACAUGGAAUUUUUCUUUUUCACAGUGUCAUGCAGUAUAUUCAUUGUCAUUCCUGGUGAUGACAUUGAUGUUAAUACUACACCUGCGUAUGACAUAGAAUUAUUUUUUACAUAUGCAUCUCCCGUGGAAUUUAUAAAGGUGCUCACCAACCACAAACUACUUAUAGUAUUUUUACAAUGUGGUACCAUAGAUAUUUGGUUUAUAUCAAAAGCCAUAGACAUGAAAGAGCAUUCGUCCCACUAUAUUGGAUCAGUCUAUAAUUCUUAUGAUAUGAGCGAUGAAAAGGCUUGCUUUUAUUAUAGUGACUCUGAAAAGGUAGCACAAUUGCAAAUACUAUAUGAAAGUGUACGAGAUGUUUAUAUUAUUGAGGAAACUUUUAAGAGUAUACCGGGAGUUGUGGCUUGCACCUGGAUUGAAAAUACACAGGAACUGGUGUGUUUGAAUUCUAAUAAUAUAUUUUAUAAAGUUAAAUUUCACGAGAAUAAUACAGUAGGAAUUUAUGAUACCAAAUCAAAAUUUGAAAAAAUUGAAGAUUUGUACGAGUUAAAACCAAUUAAUAAAAUAACACAAUUUUUAAAAAAAACCGAAAUAGUCGCUGAACUUUCACAUGCUCCUCAAAAAAUACGUCAAGAAAUUGAAAAACAAUUCUCAAAACAAAAAUUAAUUGCUGUGUGUAAUAAACUGCCUAUUUACACAAAACUGUUGCAUGCAUCAUUAGAAUUUCAUAUGCAAGUACCGACAACUUUUCCAGAAGACACUGUGAUAUUAUUCAUUAACAAAAAUUAUUUCUUGCAAAGUGAAACACUAUUUGCCUUAUUACACCUUCGUAUAACAGAAAACAACAUUUUUAAAACCGCACAUUGGCAACUACAUAUCGAUAUUACAAGCUCAUCUCAUAUGGUACAUAUUCCUAAUAAAUUAUUAAACAAAAAAUUAUGUAUUAUUCUACCUUUACAAAGGAAAAUGCUGCAGGUGUUGCCGAACUUCAAUAUUCAAAUGCUUACAUUUUUAAAAGUUGAAAGCAGAUGUUUGGCUAUAACACUGCCCAUUAAUUUAAAACCUCAUUUGACCACAUACAGCAAUUUAUUUAGUAAAUUUCAACAUUGCAUCACUUUCUACAAUACACAUAAUAUAAGCGGAUUUGUAGCGAAUUUUCAACGAGAGGAACUUGUUCCAACAAAAAGUAAUUUAAUCAAGCACACCUUACAGUGCCCACAAACUUGUACUUUUCUUAAUAUAUUAAGGAUAUUUGAUUGUUGUAUUGAUGAAAUUAAAGACAGUGACACAAUCGAGUUAUAUGUUAUGUCUGUUAAACUAAUACUAGAAUAUAAAGCGGAUCGAAAUAUGUUAGUACUAAAGUCAACAGAUCCUGUUGUCUUGUAUUAUACUAAGUUAUACAUCAUAAGUGCGAUAAAAAAAUUUGUUGGCUCCAAGGAUAUAAUAAAUUAUACAGAUAUUGAAAAUACUGCGUUAGAACUAGUAAUGCGACUACAAUGUGAAACUGAAAGCUAUCUUGGACUGCAGGAUUUAGAAGAAAACGUUAGGCUGGAUCCAUUAAAUUUGUUCCAAAUAAAUAACUUAAAAAAGGUUUAUAAAUCGAUGCGAUCAGAACUUAAUUAUAAACUAUUUAGAUGAUAUUGUUAUAACCGACGAAAAGUUUAUUUUUGACCAUAUUGGUUAUAUAUAUAUAUAUGUAUAUGUAUUCUAUAUUGUAAAA